UAUUUAUCGUCUUGAUCGGUGGUUAUCGUGACGAAAAGUACGCACACACAUCUCUUUAUAUCCAUUCGCAUUAAUUGGUGUUAUACAUUCGUUAUAUGCAUUCGUGUUUUCAUUUCGCGGUAUACUUAAGCAAAGACCAAAAUCACCGCACUGACUGGCAGUGCAUGGCACAGUGCCGUCAGCGCCUUCGCAGAUGGGAGGGGCAGUGUGGGAACGCUGGCCCGGUGAGCGCCAUGGGAGCCAGCUGUGGAAGAAGUCAAUGACAAAUGCGCGAGCAGUGGCACGAGCCACUGCUUAUGAUGACAGUUUUUGCUCGCACACAUUAAAAUUUCCCGGAAGCCUAGCCAUAAACAGCUUCUAUGUAAAACGCAGAUCAUUAUUUAAAUCGUCUAUAAACUAUCACCAACAUCUGGUAGUAACAACGGUUUUGGGAAUGUCUUUCCAAUCAGUGGUCUGUGUGAAAAAAAAACGAUUCUUAAAACGAUGUCUUACUGCAUUUUUCCAUCAUUCCGCGGCAGGAGAGUGCAUCACUGAAGUGACUAGUCUUGACGAUGAUUAGCCUAAUGACUAGUCUUGCGCUAACUUCCAGGUCGCUGCUUCGACCAGAACGGCACGUAUAUGUGCUGGUGGGACUCGUCAACGAUACGAAACUACAGCGACACUGUGGAACGAUGCUACAACAGCCUCUUCAAGCCCGUCAACAAGACGGAAAUCAACACGUUCCGAAAGGAAGUGGUCACGAGCAUGGCAGCCGUGGGUCUCGCAUAUAAGGGCUUCCGUCUGUUCAUGCGCAAGUUCGAGGAAGAAUUCGAGCACAGCAGUCUCAAGAAUCUGGAUCUCACGCAAAACCAACUGUUCUUCAUCUCAUUCGCAAUGACGUGGUGCGAAAGCGUGCCCACCCAGCUGCGAGACAUCGUCAAUCUUGUGACGUCACAGCCGGAUCCGCAAUACAGGGUGGAAACAGCACUCGCCCACUUUGACAAGUUCGGAAAGUACUUUGCGUGCAACGACAACCUCGCCAUUUACCAAGACAAGAAGUGCAGCAUCAUAUGAGUUGUCGGGGCAUUUCACUUGUUCACCUACUGCACAUAUUGUUAGAUUGAAAAAAAGGGAUAACAGUAAAGUGGCGGAGAAAAGCGAGAAUAAUCAUAAUAAUCAUACACGUUUUGUCCUCAAAACACCCAGAACCAAGCAAUCUUGAUUUUGUUGGUUUCGUUGAUAGUCACAAUAUCUCUCUGACACGGGCGUCAUGACGAAAAUAAAGCCGUACCGAUCCGCACCGACCUGAAUCUCUAGCUACAAAUGGUUUAUCUAGUUUUGUUUUUCCACGUCAACUUGAAAUUAUGAAUCUUAACAAAUGGUUCCACUUGGCCGAGUCGACCACAGUACACUCUAAAAAAAAGAAAUUAGGGGCUUCUUUUGACAAUCGCUCACGCCACCCGAAGAUUCUACAGCGUCUCGGGGAAUUUUGGUUUAAUAGCCAAAUUUGUUAUUGUUUGUUUGUUUUGUUGCUCGGCCAGCACUAGUACAUACGUUCAUGCUUUCCUAGCCGUAACAUCAUACAUUGCAUAAGCCACGUUUUUACUUUAUUUCAAAUAAUUU